AUGUUUUUUGGAUACGCGAAUGACAUAGCAGCACUGAUCCUCGCAAAAGACUUAGAAAAAGCACAAUUAACUUUAAAUCUUGUCAUGCGGCGAAUAGAAAUCUGGAUGAAGAAGCAUUCCCUAAGCUUGGCACUGCAGAAGACAGAGGUGACGAUUCUGACAACCAGUCAAAUAAUUACACUUCUACCAAUAACAGUCGGAACGGAGGUGAUCCAAACCCAGAGCUCUACAAAGUAUCUGGCUAUUAAUAUAGAUACUAAAUUGAAUUUUGCCGAUCAUAUUAGAAGUGCGGCAAAUAAAGCAACGACGGCUACGGCCAAUCUAUGUAGACUAAUGCCUAAUAUCAACGGCCCAAAACCAAGCAAACGAAGGCUCUUACUGUCUGUCGCUCAGUGUAUAAUGUUGUAUGGGUCAGAAAUAUUUGCAGAUGAACUGAAAAAAGGAAUUCGUAGAAAACCUAUGGAAGAUAUUCAAUCUGAAGGAGCCCAGAGGAUAAUAAGUUGUUACAAGACAGUUUCCGCCUAA